AUGCAGACAAUCAAAUCUACAGGGGGUUUGACAAGAGGCCGGGGUAUGGAAGAGAAGCAGCGGACACGCUGGCUUCUUGCAAUGCCCGCCUGUGCUGACAUCAAUGAAUCAAUGCAGGAACUUACAGGUGCAAGAUACAGUACUAGUGAUCAGCAUAAGGACCUUUUUGUUGCACGGAAGGAACGCGAUCAUAAAGACACUUACGAGAUCUUCCAGUACCUCAGUGACUACAACCCAUUUGUGUCAGAAGAAGGAGCAUUACAGAGCGUAGCCACUGGCGUGACUGCAAGUGCCUCGUGUAACCCACAUGAAGCAAGGAAAGUCGGAGAAGCUAUCUUGGACAAAAUAGAGGGACAAAACGCAUUUGAUUUUGUCUUCAGAAGGAAGGACCAAAUAGAAACAAUGGGACUGAAACAGCUGGUUGUGGAUGGCAAAAAACUAAAAAUUGACCCUCAGCUUCUCUUUCAGAGGCUGCUAAUUCUAACUAAUAACAGUGAGUAUAGCAUGGACGAUCUAUUGAAAUAUGAACUUUCUGCGCAACCAACAGCAUUGUUUGAUAAACACGGUCUUCUCCGCCCUGCAGACAAGCCACAACUGGCUGAUGCGCUACCGUCCACUCCAUCAAAUGAAGGCCAGCAAACCAGUGUACAAUGUCCUCGAUGGAGGUUCUCUUUUACAGAUAUUUCCCUGGAAAAGGGGUGA